AUGCUCUUUUUACUUCUGAUCAGGUUAUUACUUUCAUACUAUCUCUUGAAGGCUAACUUGACAACAAGAAGGAUUUAUUAUGUACGAUAUAAUGUAUUUAGUCUUUGUUCUGUUCAUUUACAGAUCCACUUCAAAAUUUUGAGAGGACACACUGAUAUUGUGAGCUCCUGCCAUUUCUGUUUUGAAGAUACAAAAAUCCUUUCUUGCUCUUAUGACAAAACAGUGAAACUCUGGGAUGUUGAAAAAAGUGUUCCUGUUCAAGUCUUUGAAGAAGAACACUUAGCUCCCAUUUCUGAGUGCAGCUUGACUCCUGAUAACAAAAGAGUGAUAACAUCAUCAUAUGAUAAAACAGUAAAGGCUUGGGAUAUGGAAACAGGAAAAAUGCUUUGGACCGUGGAGCAAGAAGGCCUUGUAACUUCAUGUAAUAUUUCUUGUGAUGGUAAAUAUGUGGUAUCUGGGUUGGACAUGGAAAAUGCUAUAUGUGUUAUUGAUGCAGUAAAUGCCAUAACAGUGGCAUAUGUCCAAGAUCAUCACAGAAGCACAGUCACAAGAUGUUGUUUUGAUCCUGACAAUGAGAGAGUCUGUUCAGUAUCAUGUGAUAAGACCAUAAAGCUUUGGGACAUUAUAGCACAAUCCACCACUAUUACUAUUGAUGAGGCACACAACAAUGUCAUCUCAGAUUGUUGCUUUUCCAUAGAUGGGCAUUACUUGUGCACUGCAUCUUGGGACAAAAUCUUAAAAAUAUGGGAUGUAAAAAUAGGGGAGUUUCGUUGUCAUGGACCUAUUUGCUUGAACCAAGGCCAUAAAGGUUCUGUUAGUUCCUGCAUUUUUAGCAAAGAUGCAUCCCUUGUAGUAUCUGGAGCAUAUGACAAAACUAUAGCUCUGUGGGAUGCAGGAGCAGGAUAUAAAAAACUAGCGUUAAAGGGCCAUGAAGACUGGGUGACGGAUGUUGCAAUUAGCAGCAAUAAGAAAUGGAUCCUUUCUUCCUCAAAGGAUGCUACUUUGAGAUUAUGGAACAUUGAAAAGGCUGAUCAUGUUCCUGAGGCAAUAGAAAACAGAAAUACAAGAGACUCAAAAAUAGUUCAAUGUGAAGAAUGUGAAAAACCUUUCUCACUCCUACAGUGCGAUGACUCUGAAGCAGUAACCAAGUGUGUAUUCUGUCGACUGGCUUCUCCUUCGAGAAAUAUUUUGCCAUUACCACCUACCAUAGCGCCCGAUCUCUAAAUUCUUCCCAAUAGUCUAUUUGUGCAAAUACAUCUGUGUUUUUAAGCAUAUGCCUAUUAGAGAAGUAAAAGUCUAUUAAAUUAGUUAACUGGUUAAACUUAGUUUAACCGGUUAAGCAAUUAAAUGGCAAGGGCAGGUGAGGAGGGUUGUGGGGAUGGACUGCUCCAUAUGGGCUGGAGUGCCCCUGCUGAUGGUAUACUCCUGGCCCACGGUACUCCUGUUCUGGCCAGGCUGGAGCAUCCUGCCCACCAUAUGCCCCAGGCCCACCAAGGACAAGGUCUGCUCGGGUUGAGCUGGUGCUCCUCCAGCCUGCAGUGGGUCUUGCAGGGUAUGAGCAGGGAGCUACUCCAGCCCCCAUCAGUUAACUGGAACCGCUAAACCUCACCCAUUAAGAAUGAGGUUUACUGGUUAACCAUCAACAUUCAUAAUGCUUAUUCAUAUUUGUGAUUACUGUAUCAGUAUAUAUUGCAUGUACCUACAUAGCCAAGAACUUUUUACAUACUUCUGUGCCAGAAAGUGACUUCAGAGUUAAAAAAAAAAUGCUGAUUAUAGACCUGUACAAAACAUACUGAGUUCCACUGUGUGACAGAGAACCAGAUCAAGUCCUAAAAUUUUAAAUCUAUGCAUAUUGUGUAAGAAAAUAAAAUUACAUCAAUACCCUAAAAGUUAUUGUGAUAAAGAAAAUAUGUGACUAUGUAACUUGCUGAAAGGUUUUCCUUAAAUUGUGUAGAAUAAAACCAUGCUUUUUUGUAAUGGAGUGGAGUAUACUGGAAAUAUGAAAAACAUUUGCAUCAAUUGAAAAUACUAAAGGAUUUUGAAAUUCAAAUGUGGAGAAGGUAUUUGGACCAUGAGGUUUUUAUCAUCUUGAUUCCAACAUCCCUUACAAAAUGUUUCUAAGAACUUUGUCAUAAGAACACAUUAUUAUUUGUGUUUGAUGUAUCAUGUGGCAAACUAGUUCUGAAUAUUCAGGGCCCAAUCCUGGAAGCACCCUCAACUCCAGCACCCUUCAGAAUUUGACCCUAAAAGUCUAUUCCUCUUCACAAGCUAUGAGAGGAUGUUAAUUAAUGUGAGAUUAAUAUUUCAAGAUGUGGGGGUCUCAUUCAUCAAAAAAUGUUUCAGCAGAUUAUAUUAUUUUAAAGGGGAUUUAUAAGGAGAAAAAAAUAUAUUGUACCUUGGUAUGUAACACUCUGGAAUGUAGUUAAGCUAUGAAAUAAAUUGAAAGCUAUUAUAGUAUUUCUAUCUUUUUUAAGCCAUGUGAAUUCUGUAGCUAUCAAGGCUACAUUUGCACUUGAAUAAAAUAAAAUGAUUUUUUAAAGAAAUAGUAUGUUUUAUCCAGAUUUACUGCUUUGAAUAAAACAUGAGGUGGCAAGUUAUAACCUAUUCCAAUGUCCUCUUUUUUCUCUUAAUUAAAUAUUGUUUGUUUGCAAUAAAAAGUUGAAAAAAUGCAGUUUGUGUGGUGCUACAAUUAUUUUUGCAGAAUACAUGAAAUGUGCUUAUCUUAUUGUUGGAGUAAUU